GAGAGCAGCGACCGGAGCCGAAACUUUGUAACCCGAGCGCGCCGGCCCCGCGCUCCUCCCAGCCCAAGUCCAGCCCCGGAGGGAGGCGCAGGAGGUGGGACCUGGGGCCGGGAAGGCUCGGGGACGCCAGCGCACGCGGAGCGGAGACCCCGGGAGAGCGCGCCGCAGAAGAGGAGGAGCUGGAGGGGGGAGCGGAGCGCGCGGCCGGAGAACCCGAGGAAGCAGUCCCGGCGAUCGGCGCGGUCGAGCGGCCGGGAGCAGCUGGGCCCGAAGGGUCCCGCGCCGAGCCGAGGCCAGGGGAGCCUGGGGUCACGGCCCCGCGUCCCCGCAGCUGCCGUCGUCCAGGAGCGGCAGCUGUGCCCGGGCUCCCGGCGGCGGCGGCGGGGGGGAGGAGGAGGAGCUGCAGCUGGACGGUGGCAGCUGGAGGAGGAGCCGCGCGGCGGUCCGGGUGCCGGGGAGGGGACCGCGCUGUCCAGGCUGAGCCGCGCUGGGAUGACCCGCUGACCGCGGCCAUGGAGCCUUGACGGGGAGCUCCGGCGCGCGGGGACCAGCCGCGGGGCGCGCCCUCCCGGGAAGGGGCAGCCGGCCCUGGUAGCCAGACUUUAACCGCCGACUCUAGCCCAGCUGGGAGCAGAGCCCUUUACCAUGGAACCCGUGACCAAGUGGAGCCCCAAACAAGUGGUGGACUGGACUAGAGGGCUAGAUGAUUGCCUGCAGCAGUAUGUUCACAAGUUCGAACGGGAGAAGAUAAACGGAGAGCAGCUGCUGCAGAUUUCCCAUCAGGAUCUUGAAGAGCUGGGGGUCACGCGAAUUGGACACCAGGAACUCGUGUUGGAGGCUGUCGACCUUCUCUGUGCACUGAAUUACGGCCUUGAAACCGAUAAUAUGAAGAACUUGGUUCUGAAACUGCGAGCAUCUUCUCACAACUUACAGAAUUACAUAAGUAGCCGGCGGAAAAGUCCGGCUUACGAUGGGGACACUUCCCACAAGCCCCCCAACGAACUCCUGACCUCUGUGGUGGAGCUAAUCGGUGCUGCUAAGGCCUUGUUAGCUUGGCUGGACCGGGCUCCAUUUACAGGGAUCACCGAUUUCUCAGUAACGAAGAACAAGAUCAUUCAGCUCUGCCUGGACCUGACCACUACAGUCCAGAAGGAUUGCCUUGUAGCAGAAAUGGAGGAUAAAGUUUUAGCCGUAGUCAAGGUUUUAAAUGGCAUCUGUGACAAAACAAUACGAUCUGCUACAGAUCCUGUUAUGAGCCAGUGUGCGUGUCUGGAGGAAGUUCACCUGCCAAACGUUAAGCCUGGGGAAGGCCUGGGCAUGUACAUCAAAUCAACCUAUGAUGGAUUGCACGUGAUUACUGGAACCACCGAGAAUUCUCCUGCAGACAGAUCUCAGAAGAUUCAUGCUGGUGAUGAAGUCAUUCAGGUUAAUCAGCAAACUGUGGUGGGAUGGCAGCUGAAAAAUCUGGUGAGGAAGUUGAGGGAGAAUCCUACUGGCGUCGUAUUACUGCUUAAGAAGCGUCCCACGGGCUCUUUCAACUUUACCCCUGCCCCCCUGAAAAACCUACGGUGGAAACCACCGCUGGUGCAGGUAUCCGUUACUGGUUGUGAACUUCACCUGGUGUCAGCACGUGAACAGCGUCAUCGUUGUUGGCCUCCAGAAGUGACAAAAUUGAAGACCUCACCUCCACCCACAACAACCCAGUCCCCUGAAAGCACAAUGGAUACCUCACUGAAGAAGGAGAAGCCCGCCAUCUUGGAUCUUUAUAUCCCUCCUCCACCAGCCGUUCCCUACUCGCCCCGGGAUGAGAACGGGAGUUUUCUUUAUGGAGGAUUCAGUAAGUGUAAACAGCCCUUGCCUGGACCUAAGGGCUCAGAGUCCCCAAAUUCCUUCUUGGACCAGGAGAGCCGAAGACGGAGAUUUACCAUCGCUGAUUCUGAUCAGUUGCCCGGGUAUUCGGUGGAAACCAAUAUUCUGCCCACAAAAAUGAGAGAGAAAACACCGUCUCAUGGCAAGCCCCGGCCUUUGUCCAUGCCUGCAGACGGGAGCUGGAUGGGGAUCGUGGACCCUUUUGCCAGACCUCGAGGUCAUGGGAGGAAGGGUGAGGACGCCCUCUGCCGGUAUUUCAGCAAUGAGCGGAUCCCUCCCAUCAUCGAAGAAAGCUCCUCACCCACAUACCGUUUCUCAAGGCCCACAGCAGAGAGGCAGCUGGUCCGAGGCGCAGACUAUGUCCGAGGGAGCAGGUGCUACAUCAGUUCAGAUCUCCACAGCAGUGCCACGAUUCCAUUCCAGGAGGAAGGGACCAGAAAGAAGCCGGUGGCCGCGGCGGCCAAGUCCUCCUCUACAGAACCGUCCCUGCUGGUCAGCUGGUUUACCCGCCUGAAACUGUUGACUCACUGAGCCCUGCCCUCCCUGGACUCUUCCCUGUCUCCUGUUCCCAAGUGCCUUGCUUCCUCAGUUGACAACCUCUUCUGGUUUUCAUCCACAGUAUUACGUAGUGACCUUAUGCAAUUUCAUUGUUGUUUUUUUCUUUUGGAAGUUGUAUACUGACCUUCUUGGAAUCUCAAAGUCAUUGGGUGGGAACAGAUCCAGAGGAUCUUAGGUGUUGGCUUGUGGAGGCAGGAGAGAAAUGAGUAGAGUCGGCUUUUCUUGCUUCCUUAGAGUUGGAACACAGAGAUGCUAUAUAAACUGGGGCCUUGGCCAGGGAUGGUAUGGCCAUUAUGAGGCCAUUGUCAGCUUGGGAGGUGGGGCUAAAAUUGGUGGCCGUUGUCACACAGAUGUGUUGGUUUGUGGUCCAGCUUCUUCACCUGAAAGAAAGCCAAGGGAGAAAACAUUUUUGUGUUGAUUUUUCAAGCUAUGUACUGUAUUCGUAAGUGUAGCAGCUUUGACUUUGAAAUAACAUGUAGCAUGUAUUUCAUGCUGUUUCAAAGAAGUGGGUUAAGUGUAGGCCUGUUACACUUGGUCAUACCCUUGUCAUAACCAUCUCCAUAGAUAAGUCAAUUAAUGCAGAAACACGUGAACACAUUUAGAUAGGGCUUAUUACACACAAAGAAGUUCACGGUUAUUUGUGAGGGGGAUGUUAUACGUUAUUGUCUUUAAGGGAAAGAAGCUAUAAGAUUUGCUGACAGCCAAAGUAUCAUGCAGAAAAAUGAAGCAACAAUAUUUAGGUUUAUGAGAGAUACAUCAGUUUGCAUUUUGACUGUUUAAUGCCUGUCUUCCAGAAAAAAAAAAGGCAAUUCUUCAAAAUUGUACAUAUUUGCUAAAUAGAAAUCUCUUGGAAAGUCUCACGGUCACUCAUCUUCAACUAGCAUCAGGUAUUUUGGAAAAGUGUGUCUGGAUAUUAACUCUUGUUUAAACUGAAUGUAUGAUAUUUUGUUAGAACAGAAAAGUACUAUCUUGUUAAUUUAAGUGUUUUAAAUAUAGUUGUAUAUUUUUCUUACUCUUAG